UUAAAAAAGUCUGACCCAUUGUACGAAAUAAUCAGCAACUCGUAAGAUAAAAUAGGCGCUCUCCCAAGAUGGUGGCGCUGCGUGUGGCCAUGCGCAGAGUAUCAACCCGCCAUGCGCAUAGUUACAACGCACAUUGGUGUACUUUGCGCCCUGGGAGAUAACCUAUCACCCCGAGAGCCGAGAGAGUUACCACCACUCGGAGGAUCAUCAGCUUCAUAUACCUCGAGUUCAAUCCAAGGUAUUCAGAGGAAUGCAAAAGGACUCACGAGAUUGUUUGGGUAUCCGAUACCGUAUCAAUACCCUGGACCAAACUUGGAAGUGGCUGCACCAGACAAUCGCACUUCACGAGUACCUGAUCAGCAUCACAGCCAGCCAGAGUGACGUGUCGCUAACCACAAAGGUGUUUUUUUAAUAAAAAAAAACACCAAGUGCUAAGACUGAAGUGUUAAGACUGAUUAUUAAUUAAAAAUUAACUAUAAUAGUAUAAAAUUAUCAAGAACUUGGACAGGAAAAAAAAAAGUGCAAGAUUUUUAAAUGUUGCUACGUUGUUUUUGACAACUUCGGGCAAACUAAAAAAAAAAUUCUUAAUAUGAUCAAUUGAAAAUCUUACAUUUAAGGUUAAGAAUUUAAAUUGCGCGCUUUGAUUUUUCAACCAAU